GCGCGCCCCAAGUGUCGUCCUCGCUUUCAGCGUCGCCGCAACUCGCAGGUGAGGCACAUCAUUUGGAAAAACUGUCUCCACAAGUCUUAUUUGUUCUUGUGAACAGCUCUGCGCGUUUCACACCAUUAACACUUGAAUUACACUGAGUGGACUCGUUGGAAUACGAACACACUUGCAGAAUGUGUGGCACUGAUGUUGACCUGGAUGAUGGAGGCUCACUUGAAGAGGAGAAGGAUGAAGACUUGUGGCUGGAUGAACGAGUGAAGAUGCUGCCCCCUCCCGUGGCCCACAGCGGGGGUUCCGCGUGGGGCACCAAAAGAGGCAGGGCGGGCUGCGUGGUCUGUGGGGUGGUUCUGGUUCUUUGGAACAUAUGUGUGCUCCUGGCUGGUGCUGUGCUCCUGACGCUGGUCUUCUCCUUGGUGCUGCUGCCCGCAGUGGUGCUGCUCUAUGCUGGAUUCCUGUGCCAUUCCAGGAUCCUGGGCAGCUCGUCGGCCAUCUGCAAUUACCUUGACGACAACAGUUGCUCUGCCCUCAUCAUCCUGGGCUUUGUGAUGAUGUCACCGCUCGUGGUGCUUGCGGCGGCACUUUUCUGUGGUCUCCUGCGAAGGUUUCGACUCCUGCUUCUCAUUCAGCCAAUCAGUCGCGCAUGGUACAGAGGGAGGUUGAUGGACUGGGUGGGCAGCGUUCACGCUUGGGUCUGA